UGUCCAUCAGCUGCAGGAAAGUCGACGUUUGUGCGUCUCCUGGAGAAGACAUCGGAGGACUGGGAGGUGAUUCCUGAACCCAUCGGGAAAUGGUGCAACGUGCAGAACGACAGCGACGACGUCUACCAGGAGCUGAGUUCGUCUCAGAAGAGCGGAGGAAACCUGCUGCACAUGCUGUAUGACAAGCCCAGCCGCUGGUCCUACACCUUCCAGAGUUAUGCGUGUCUCAGCAGAGUUCGGUCUCAGCUUCAGUCUCCGUCAGUCAAACUGCAGCAGGCGGAAAACCCCGUCCAGUUCUUCGAACGCUCCGUCUACUCAGACAGGUAACUACACACCUGAGACAGGUCACUGUACCAGAGACAGGUCACAGGUCAAUACACCU